AAGAUACCAUUUUUCUGGUGUUUGGUUCCCAAGAAACUGUUUAGAAUAGAAUCACGGAACAGUGAGAAGGCCAAUUCAUUUUCUUCAACCUGUGUCAGCACCAAGCUUGUUUUACAUUUUUUUUCUUCCAGUGGUUUGUUUCCCAUUUCCUCUCAAGAAAAGAGUCCUUUCAGCUUCUUCUUUCAUGGGCAUAUUCUUUUUCACCUUUAUUCUGUUCCAACACUGUUUGAACUACCAACAUUUUUACUUUGUCCAUUAGGCCUUUGAGCUGAAAAGGAGUUGGAACUUGGGAGAUAUCUAAUCAUGCAAUCUGGGUUUGGUUUGAUUUGAUUUACCCUUUUCAAUUUUUUUUCUGGGUGCUGGGUUUACCUCAGCGUCAAUGUCCCUGUCAUAAAAAGUUGAGAUUUUUGGGUGCUAUUUUUGGCUGGUAGCAGGUCAAGGAUUAAGAGUUUCCUGUCUAUAAAACAAAGUGGGAUCUGAUUUUCUUUUUCUUUCCCCUUUUCUUCUUUUGGUGAAAAAUUUGCUUUCACAUGUCUGUGGGAAUUUGUUAUAUUUUGACAAGGUUGUCAUACCUGUUUGUUUUAUUUUGUUUCCCUAGUGUUCAUUAGUACAUGUACUUUAUUUGUCUACAUCUAUUAGUUAUGUCUUGAGCAGUGUGUAUUCAUAUAUGUAUAAAGAUAUGCCUGAAUUUGGUAAAACUUUUGAUUUGGCAUGGGAGUAAUGUAUUUCUUUUGAUUGUGGUAGGAUUCUUCAUUACUUCACAGCAUCUGUGACUUCAAUUUGAUUGUACUAAUGGAAUCUUGGAGUUAUGUCCCUGAAGAGAAAGGCUAUUUGUUUUCUGAUGAAAUGGAUUUUUCACUUGAUGCGUUUAUGAGAAGUCGAAGAACAUUGGUUGAAUGGGACAACAAAUCCAACUUUGAGAGAGAUGGAUUUAAUUCAGACAGAGAGGUAGUUAAAAGCAUGGAAUUUGUGGACUUGGGUUUCCCUGACUUGUUGCAGAAGUCUUCGCAUGUUAGCCAACCUCUAGAGACAUCAAGCUAUGAUCUAGAUAGUAAUUCUAGUAGAAGAGGGAAUUCCUCUACACAAGUCAUUGCUUUGGAUUCUACUAUGGGGGAAGAAGAAUCUGAUUCAAAGCAUUUAAGUUCUCUAGUUGAAGCGAAGACUCAUGAUUCUUCACUGAUUGAUCUGAAGCUUGGGAGAUUAGCAGAUUGUAAAGGUACAAGCAGUGAUAAAGUUGCAAAAGAAGGGUUUACUUUGACAUCCAUAAAUCCAACUACGCUUUCAAAGAGAGCUCGCACUUCCAGCUUAUCUGCACAGGCUCCUGUAUGUCAAGUUUAUGGUUGUAACAUGGAUCUUAGUUCCUCAAAAGAUUACCACAAAAGGCAUAAAGUUUGUGAUGCUCACUCCAAAACGGCCAAAGUUAUUGUAAAUGGCCUUGAACAAAGGUUUUGUCAGCAGUGCAGCAGGUUCCAUUUGCUGGCCGAGUUCGAUGAUGGCAAGCGCAGUUGCCGCAGGCGCCUAGCUGGACACAAUGAACGCCGGAGGAAACCUCAAUUUGAUUACAUGACUGGUAAACAGCACAAGAUUCUUCAAUCAUAUCAAGGUACCAAGUAUCUAGGGUCCUCAUUACAGAACAAACCCCAGUUUCCCUUUCAAAACAUAUUUCAAAGUGGCAUCCUUUUCCAUGGAAAACAUGCUCAGAACUCUCAGAGUGGACGCAUCAAACUGGAAGAAGAUUCCUUGUACAGUUCCCAACUUGCUGCACCCGUCACACUUGGUCAGGAAUUAUCAAGCUGUGCUCUCUCUCUUCUGUCAGAUCAGUCACAGUAUCCAUCACGCCAUGCAGCAGGAAAUCCAUUAGCCGGUUCCCGAAUCCUUCACGGCAUUCACAUUCAAGAUAGAGAUGACCUAGUAUCCGAAACAUCUUUGAGGAUAACAAGUUCUGCAGAUAAAUAUGCAGCAAACGAGUCCUUUCCAUGCAACACAGCCUCUAAGGAUGUUAUCAAGAAUCAAACUGCACCAUUCUCUAAUGCAGUUCAUGCUCUUCAAGACCAUCAUGGAGAUGAUAUUUGCCAACCAUCAGACCUGUUCGACAUCAAACACCGUCUUUCCUCGGAACAUGGAGCUACAGUUGAUCUGUUCCAGUUGUCCUCACAUCUUCAGAGGGUGGAGCAGCAAAGAAAUUCUGUUUUGGUGAAGUGGGAAAAUGAGGACUACUGUUUCCCAACUGUAUGAAAGGCUGCUUAUUGUUUAAGCCGGAACUGUCAUUAACAUGUCCUUUUUAUUGAUACCUAUGUUGUGAUGCUAUAACAGUGGCCAUAGUAGUGAGACUCUUCUUACUGAAUUGAUUCAUUUGUGUAGUAUGAGAUCAUUGAUGGGUAGCGGAGUGAGGAAUAUCUUAACUAACAAUGGUAGUGGAGAGUGUUUGUAAUGAGGAGAAAAUGGAGAGACAAGAAAAUCCAACUGUAUAGCACAGAUACCCCUUGAGCAUUUCAAAAAGAGAAAAAAAAAAACCAAGCUAUUUGGGUUUAGCUGUAUUAACGGUCGUAAUUUAUUGGCCUUGAA